UUUUCUCUCGAUUUUCAUGCGGUUUUUGGGUGUUCAGCUUGACCUUUCGUAACUUCUUUUUGGAGAAGGAAAGGUUUCAGUAGAGGGAGGAAGGGAGUCUUAUCUGAUAACGAAUCAAUUGAAGUUUUCAUGAAUUGUUACUGAGAACGGGGUCGAACUUUUAUCGGUUCUUUACACCAGGCUGGGUCUCUUCAGGGGAUAGGAAUUCCUAGCAUUUUAGUAACUGAGAUUUCGGGCGUGUAGAUUUCUUUUUCUUUUCAUCUUCAUUGGUUCAGUGUAAGUUCCGGUCGGUUUAGUUGGAUUACAGAGGUGUUGAUGAUUAACAUGCGUUGCUUACUGGAGUAUUGUUAAAUAUGAUCUCCUUGCAUAAGUUGUUGUUACUUGUUAAAAUUCGUUUUCAUUUGCAAUUUACUUCAAAUGACGUAAAGGUUUUUCGUGCCAAUGGACAGAGGAAGUUUUUGUGACAAGUUUAAGAAUUUUUUGGAAUGUCUCUGGGCUUCCAUGGUAUUGGAAAUAAACUUUAUGGCUCUUAUGAAGGCGUUUCAACUUCCAACCAUGGAUUUCUUUCAACGUAUUUAACAUGCAAUUUCUGCUGAUGUUAAAGGUGCUUAUAGUGUCAAUUGAUUAACAUUCAUGAUAAGUCAUAGGAGCCUGCACCGACACGCAUACACACUCAUAUACACGUAAAUGUUAAAAUUACAGUUGUGAAUCCAUCUUUAUUCUUUAAAUUUCAGUGGAUUCGUGGAAAAAUUUUAGCCUAGUAACGCAACUUAGCUUCAUAUAUUCCUAUUCACAGUCAUGCUAAAAUAGUAUUAUCUUCGUAAAUUUCCUAUUUUGGUUCCAGGUUAGUAUUGUCAACAGUAAUUUGAUGGUAUUAGCUCUUUCUUGACGUGAGUUAAAUGUGUGGAAAUGUGUUUUCUUACCAGCAGGGCACAUCCAAUUCACCCAAGAUUUGCCUUAUAUCUAGAAAUUACAGUACUGCUCAACAAUUUUCUUCAUAAUAAUGAGUUUGCUGUGGGAGAUGAGUCCAUCCAAACAGUUUUGCUGGAGCUCUGAUGUUGUAAUCUGGAAUUGAACUGCCAUAUAUGGGAACAUUUGCAUAUCCAACUUACCUUUCUCGUGAGGAUGGUGUUCACAUACUUUGUGAGUCGAUCACUACAGGAGUCAGUAGAAGUUUUGGAAGGGCACAUUUCCAACGGGACUUUAUGAAGAUGAACCUGCAGCCAUCAAGUGGUUCCCCUAGGAUCUGCGUGUGGUCUAACUCAUAUGGGGCUUAUAGAAAAGCACUUCUUCAAAGUAGAGUAAUGCGUAUGCAUGUAACUAGGAAUUCCAAGGCAAGCACGUAUGGUUCCGACUCUUUUGAGGUACAUGAGAAACACCAACCUUUGGUGAAAUUUCUAUUAGAUCCAUUUAAGGAAUGGACUCAUCUACCUCUCAUGAUGGCAGCUGGAUUUUUGACAUUUACUCUACUGUUUAUUCCAUCAGCUGAUGCAGUUGAUGCACUUAAGACAUGUGCUUGCCUGUUGAAGGAGUGCAGAUUGGAAUUGGCUUCCUGCAUUGCAAAUCCAGCUUGUGCAGCAAAUAUAGCUUGCCUUCAAACAUGCAACAAUCGACCUGAUGAAACUGAGUGUCAGAUUAAAUGCGGAGAUUUGUUUGAGAAUACUGUUGUAGAUCAAUUCAAUGAGUGUGCUGUCUCACGCAAGAAAUGUGUGCCCCGGAAGAUGGAUGUUGGGGAAUUCCCUGUCCCAGAUCCCUCUGCACUUGUUAGGAGCUUCAAUAUUGCUGAUUUCAGAGGGAAGUGGUACAUAAGCAGUGGACUGAAUCCUACCUUUGACACUUUUGAUUGUCAACUUCAUGAAUUCCAGCCUGAAUCGGAGAAACUAAUUGGGGACUUGACAUGGCGGAUAAAAACCCCAGAUGGUGGCUUCUUCACCCGAUCAACUAAGCAAAGAUUUGUGCAAGACCCGAUGCAACCUGGGAUCCUUUAUAAUCACAACAACGAGUUUCUUCAUUAUGAAGAUGAUUGGUACAUUCUGUCAUCCAAGGUAGAAGAUAAGCCAGAUGACUAUAUAUUUGUGUACUAUAGAGGUAGAAAUGAUGCAUGGGAUGGAUAUGGGGGCGCUGUUGUGUACACAAGAAGUAAGGUUUUACCAGACAAAAUUAUUCCUGAACUAGAAAUGGCAGCCAGCAGAGUGGGCUUAGACUUCAAGAAGUUCAUUAGGACAGACAACACAUGUGGCCCUGAGCCACCUCUUGUGGAGAGGCUGGAGAAGAAGAUAGAGGAGGGAGAGAAAACCAUCGUACAGGAGGUUGAAGAGCUAGAAGGGGAGGUUGAGAAGGUGAGAAAGACUGAAAUGAGCUUGUUCCAGCGGCUGGCAGAGGGUUUUAAGGUACUGAGAGAGGAUGAAGAAUUUUUCCUCAAGGAGCUCAGUGAGGAGGAGAUGGACAUUCUGGGAGGGCUGAAAAUGGAAGCGACAGAGCUUGGGAAGCUGUUCAAUGAAGCCUUGCCUUUGAGAAAGCUUAGAUAGUUCAGAUUUUGUCCUUUUCAUCACCAGUUGACUGAGAUUACCAUAUCCCAUAUUAUCAUUCAUUAAUAUAUUCUAUGCAGAUACCAUUCAUCCCAAAACAUGAUGUCAUAUCUGAUAUCAUUAAUUCAAGGAUGAAAACGCAAGCCUCACAUCCUUGACUGUCAUUUCUAUUCAGAGAACCAAGACGAUUCCGUAAAAUAAUAUGGUGGAAACAACCUGCAGGUCACUUUUCACAGUAGGAGCCCUCAUGCUUGUCUUCAUGGUUCGUUAAUAAACAAUUGGAAUAGCUAUCUAUGAAGCACAUAACAUAAGGAUUUAAGGCUGUAGCCUCAGCACAUUGUUGUUUUCAUAGCAUGAAGGAGUGGAUCCGGAAUUGUGAACUGAGUUUUGUGGGUUGAGCUUGCAUUUGUGUGAUCCAAUAAAGCACAUGGGUUUUUUUUUUUCC